AUGGCGGGGCAACCCCUACGGCGCCCGGCCUGGGUACCACUGCUCCUGCGGCUGCUGCUGGCGGGGAUCGCUGCUUGCGAUGCUAGCCCUGCGGACGAUAGCGCGGGCCCGGGCGGCCGGGGACCCCGUGGACGCGCGCGAGGGGACGCGGGCGCGGAUGAGGCAGUGCCGCGCCACGAUUCCUCCUACGGCACCUUCGCCAGCGAGUUCUACGACCUGCGCUACCUGUCAGAGGAGGGCUACCCUUUCCCCACUGCUCCUCCUGUGGACCCAUUUGCCAAAAUCAAAGUGGAAGACUGUGGAAGAACGAAGGGAUGCUUCAGAUAUGGAAAGCCAGGCUGCAAUGCAGAAACCUGCGACUACUUCCUUAGCUACCGCAUGAUAGGCGCUGAUGUGGAGUUUGAGCUGAGUGCAGACACGGAUGGUUGGGUUGCUGUUGGAUUCUCUUCGGACAAAAAGAUGGGUGGUGAUGAUGUCAUGGCCUGUGUCCAUGAUGACAAUGGCAGAGUCCGCAUUCAGCACUUCUAUAAUGUGGGCCAGUGGGCAAAGGAGGUUCAGAGAAAUCCUGCCCGAGAUGAAGAAGGAGUUUUCGAGAACAACCGUGUCACCUGUAGGUUUAAGCGCCCCGUGAAUGUUCCCAGGGAUGAAACGAUUGUGGAUCUGCACUUGAGUUGGUACUACCUGUUUGCUUGGGGUCCGGCCAUUCAGGGCGCCAUCACUCGCCAUGACAUAGACUCGCCACCAGCCUCAGAGCGUGUUGUCAGCAUUUACAAGUACGAAGACAUUUUCAUGCCGUCGGCUGCCUACCAGACCUUCUCCUCGCCAUUUUGUCUGCUUCUCAUUGUCGCCCUGACUUUCUACCUGCUGAUGGGAACCCCUUAA